ACUCUCAGCGGCACCGAUCCCUCUCUCUCUUCGAUUUCUCAGCCAUCACCUUAGCUGACCGGCGUUGAACCAGUUGCAGUCCAUCUCCUCCUCACCAUCACGCCGCUGGUCCCUUUCUCUCUCCCUUUCCUUUCUAGUUCAAUGUCGCAAGCGAGAGGAGCUGCGAUUUCGAUCGACAGCUCUCUCUCUCUCUCUCUCUCUCUCUCUCUCUCUCCUUCGCGUUUUUCCGGCGAGCUUCACGCGAUCAGUCGACUGUAUCCUUCUCCGUCGACGACGAGGCUUGAAAGCAACUCUCUCUUUCUUUUUCCGGCGACGUAGCAGGGAAACGCUGCGAUUUCCCUAUCGCUAGUGUGGUUCUUGUCCACUUUCCGGCGAGACUAGUUGAAGGCCAGCCGUUUUGGCCCUUCCCCGCCACCGAAAGUUCCACCAGCCACCUCAAGUUGUCUUUUCGGCGAACACAGCUGCUGUUUCCGGCCAAGCCAACCAGGCAGUGUAGCAGUUUGGGUAUUUCCUGGUAGAAGAGUUUGCUCAAUUUGGGGCUAUUAAAGUAAUUUCAUCUUGAAUAGUGAAAUUUUCACCCCCUCUAUUGCCAAUUUUCCUUCCAAUUUGGAGUGAUUACAUCUGGGUGGGCCCAGGAGGAAAAUACCCAUUAAAAUCAUUCCUUCCUAAACAAGAGAAAGUAACUUUUCCUUCUUAUUUUCUACCCAAAUUUUCCUUCGUCCCGUUUCCAAACAGAGUGUUAAUCUUAUUUUUCCUCAAUUACAUGCAGAGAUAUUCCAAUUGUUUUACUGAACAGUAAGAAAUUUGAUACUGUAGUUAGUUACCCAUUAAAAUAAAAUGUUCCAAGCUGUUCUACGGCGUCGUUUUUCCACGGAAAUCUUACUUGGGAAAGAGACCGAUAAAGCCGCAAAAUAGUAGAUUGCUGUUCAAACGCCAAUCAACUAUUAGGGUUUUAAUUUUCGAAUCUAGAUUGUAAAGAUCAACCUCCAUUAUAUUGAAUCUGAAGUCCAUUUGCAGAAAGUGUCUCUUCUUCUUUUAUAUAUCGAUUUGAGAAGAUGCCAUGGCAGCUCCUCGUGGGCCAAAACUCUCAGGAAUGCAAAAGCAAGUUCUUAGCUUAUAUAGAGCAUUUCUACGAGCUGCUCGUUUAAAAUCACCUGAAGAUCGGCGCCAAAUUGAAUCGAUUGUAUCAUCUGAGUUCCGCCGCAACUCCACGCAAGUAGAUCGCAAGAAUUUCCUCUAUAUUGAGUAUUUGCUUCGCCGGGGUAAGAAACAGCUUGAUCAGAUCAGGAGUCCUGAUACUGUUUCAUUGUCCUCUUUCGACCUCAAGAAGCCUUGAAUUUCAAUUUGAGAUAAUACUGAUUUUAAUUGUUUUUUUCAUUAUUGGGGGAAAGAAUUACCUAAUCGUGGUCUGCUAUUCAUUUAAGAAUUGGGAAAAAAUGUUACCAAAUUUCUUCCAGAUUCUUGAAUGGUGGUUGGGUUUAAACUUGGCAACCAAUACCCUAUUUUGAAUGUGCGCGACUGCAAUUUGAUAAUUUCAAAUGACAUUGAUGUGUAAUGUGUUGUUGAAGAGGCUAAUAAGGUUAAAGGGGUUUCUCCUUUUAUUGUUUGUUUUGAGUAUUGAUAAAUUUUUUUUUUUAUUUAUUUGUGUGUUUUUUGUUUUAUGCUUACUACCCUUAUCAACUGGGAAACUGUAAUGCUCGAUGGGUUUUGGGGUGGUUUUCGGCAGGGGAAAGAGAAUGGGUGUCUUUUGUGGAAUGGAGUUUUGAGAUAUGAGAAUUUAGCCUAUUGGAACUUUUCAGCUUGGAGUAAGGGCAUAAAAAAAAGUUGUUGGGUCCUAAAUCUGUGAACACUGGUGUGAAACGAAGGUGAGUAGGUGUUGGUUUUUUUAUGGGAAUAUUUUAAGCAUCUGUGAUAUGCCUACUUUUCUUUUUCUUUGAGAUGAGAAUGUCUUAUUUUGCUAAUCCUUUAAAUAAGAGUUUUCAAGUGUUUUUGUUUGGA